GACUUCCAUGUAUACUUCGUAAAGAACGGCGUUGAACGGCAUUUUCGAAGACCGUGGCAGAAGCAUCUGAUGCAACAACAUGCAAUUUCUACAAAUGUCAAUUUACGUUGUUGUUUAUCUGUGUAUGUUCUUUUCGAAUGUCUAUUGCGAUUGCGAGAAGAAUAAUGGAUUCAGUAGUGUCAUAUCACCUACUUCUGAACUCAAAACUAUAGAUUCAUUCUUCUAUAUGUCUACCAAAGGACAUUUAACUAGUCCAGUGAGAGAGAGAAAGAAGAAUAAUCAAUCAUCUACAUCACAGCCAUGUAAUUGUACAAAACCAGAUGAACAAGACUCUCAGGAUGCAGCCUUUUAUAAACGUUUGAUUGCCAUUAUAAUAUCAAAUCUUAUGAUGCAAAAAGUUAAUGAAAAAUAUACUGGAAUACUUAAUAUAGAAGUGUCUUCUUUGGAUUUUGAAUACAUGCAGAAGUUUGUCGAUGGUCAAGGGUCUAUCAGAGAAAUUGAUAGAAUUCUCAAAAAUACGAUAAAACGAAGUGAAACAUCAAUAUGCAAUUAUAUGAUCGAGGCAUCUCAUUGUUUCAAUUCUUUUUUGGAUAAAACAUUAAUGUUAUAUAUAUAUUGUAAAUCAUGGAUAAUAGAUCAUUGGGACGUGAUUAUAAUCGCCUUUACAGUUCUAUUUAGUUUUAUAAUUUUGUGGAGGAAAAGAUGGUCUCGAAGUUUAUUCAUCUUUCUCACAAUUGAUGUUAUAUUUAUAAUUAGUUUUUUUAUAACUUGGUGGCGACUUAUAGAGGAAGCUGAAAUUAAAUUAACGGCAGCACAAGCACAAUUCGCAGAAAUGCCAAUUACUUGUCAGCCGCAUAAAAUGGGUCUCUGGGACAAGGCAAUUGCAUGGCUUUUUUCUACAAACGAUUGUGAAAAAUACUAUGAAACGAUUAUGGCGAAUCCUAAACUGCAAGUGACACCAGCAUUUGCAUUGACUUAUUUUCUUAGUAUGACUAUUUUCCAACCUUUAUCGUGCUUUGGACUUAUUAUAUCUGAAUUUAUAGAUAAUGCUACCGGUAAAUUAAACUUUAUCUGUAAGUUUCCUAUCACAAUUGCCCUUUUCUUGAGCAUCUGCGUGGGUAUAAUAUUGAUACCAUUAUCUUGGAUUGGCGGAUCUAUUAAUUUUGGUCUUGGACCAUUCUUCAAAUUUGGAUUAAAAGGUAGACAAAGUUACAACGAUCAAGAAGAACGCAUUGAACGGAUUCGUGAGGCUGUUUUAUCAAGGAAGAAGUUGAAGGAUUCAAAAAAAAUGAAACUAAUUGUGUUGAAACAAGAUAAUGAUCUUGCUGGAGGUGAUGCCAACGUGCAGCAUGUAAUAGAAAAAUAUACAAAAUAUCAAUGUGAAAAUGAUAAUGCAAAUAAAGAUGUGAAAUGUGUGAAGAAAGAAGAAAUAGAUCGCUAA